GAGGAUACCGAAUACAGUAAGACACCAAGUGGAGGAACAGACAUGCCCAAAGCACCCAAAAAGAAAUUUUCCACCACAGCAAGCCCAGCCGGAGCCACUGUCUCUGCAGAAAAGCACAUGAACUCUGUGUUCAAGUUCAACACCAAUCUCGGCCAGCAUAUUCUCAAGAACCCCUUGGUAGCCCAGGGUAUUGUGGACAAAGCGCAAAUAAAGCCAAGUGAUGUAGUCUUGGAAGUGGGUCCAGGUACUGGUAAUCUUACUGUGAGAAUCUUGGAGCAAGCGAAGAAAGUCAUUGCUGUUGAAAUGGACCCUAGAAUGGCAGCUGAAUUGACCAAAAGAGUCCACGGAACUCCUCAGCAAAAAAAGCUCGACAUCUUGCUUGGAGAUUUUAUGAAAACAGAGCUUCCGUAUUUCGAUGUCUGCAUAUCCAAUACCCCCUACCAGAUCUCUUCUCCGUUGGUGUUCAAAUUGCUUAACCAGCCGAAACCUCCCCGUGUGUCUAUUCUUAUGUUCCAGAGAGAAUUUGCGUUGCGUCUCUUAGCUCGUCCCGGCGACUCCUUGUAUUGUAGGUUAUCUGCAAAUGUGCAAAUGUGGGCCAAUGUCACACAUAUCAUGAAAGUGGGAAAGAAUAAUUUCCGCCCUCCUCCGCAGGUCGAAUCCUCUGUGGUUAGGAUUGAGAUCAAACAACCGCGCCCGCUGGUAGAUUUUGAGGAGUGGGACGGUCUUCUUCGGAUUGUUUUCGUGAGAAAAAACAAGACCAUAGCCGCUGGGUUCAAGUCGAACAACGUUAUCGAGAUUCUCACGAAAAACUACACAACAUAUUUGGCCCAACAAGAUGCCGACUCCAUGCAAGUGGACAGCAAAGGCGACUUGACUGCUGUAGUCAAACAGAAGAUAGAAUCGGUGCUCACUGAAACCGGAUACUCUGAUCAAAGAGCUGCUAAGAUGGACCAAACGGAUUUCUUAAAACUUUUGUAUGCCUUCCACCAGGUGGGCAUCCAUUUUGCAUAAACUUUUCUUCUCUCACUAUAUAUAUUACUAGAACCGAGGCCGAUUCUCAUGUUUGAGAAUUGUUUUCAAAUAAAUGGAUUG